UUAAUAAUAAUAAAUAGAACAACAGAGCCAACUAAAGCUUGAAGAAUGUCAGCAAUUACGGAGAUACCUGUACACUUGCCAAAGCUGUUGGCAUUGUUUAAGUCAUGCGUGCCAAAACUGACUAAUUCCAAGUACAAAGGACAGUACGGACGCAUCGGCGUAAUCGGCGGAUCCUUGGAAUAUACCGGUGCCCCCUACUUCGCGGCAAUCUCAGCGAUAAGAGUGGGAGCUGAUUUGGCGCAUGUGUUCUGUCAUUCGAAUGCAUCCUCAAUUAUCAAGUCCUACAGUCCCGAUCUAAUAGUUCAUCCUGUACUGGAUUGUGCAGACGCUGCAGAAAAAAUAACGCCCUGGUUGGAUCGACUUCACGUAGUUGUCAUUGGACCUGGAUUGGGUAGGGAACCGAGUAUCUUGAAAACCGCAUCAAAUGUACUGAAAAUUUGUAUGGAUGCUCAGAAACCAGUUGUAAUAGACGCCGAUGGAUUGUUUCUACUUAACGAUAACAUUGAAUUGAUCUGUGGACAGCGUAAUGUCAUACUAACGCCAAAUGCAAUGGAAUUCCGGAGACUUUUUGGGGAGGAUGUCAAUGCUGCCCGCCAGAAAAUGUCUCUUCUAGGGGAUGGAGUUGUAGUUCUCGAAAAGGGAGCCAAUGAUAAGGUUCAUAUUCCUCCAAGCAACGAGGUUCACCUAUUGCCUAGCGGAGGAUCCGGUCGAAGAUGCGGCGGUCAAGGAGACUUGCUUUCGGGAUCACUAGCAACCUUCUUUUUUUGGACCUUACAGUCAGGUCAACCGAAUCCUGCACUUAUUGCUGCAGGUGCCUCUAGUUUUUUUGUAAAAAGAUUGAACUCGGCUGCAUUUCAAAAGUUUGGCCGUAGCUUACUAGCUAGUGACAUGGUUAACGAAAUACCGAUAGUAUUUCAGACUGAAUUUGAAAAUAGCGACCCUCAAUAAUUUAGAACUGACGUCCGGAAAUGAGACUUUACUAAGCCAAAAAUUGCACAUUUAAAACAGCAAGAGUGAACGUUACCUUGAUAUAAAGAUGUCACUAAUUUGGUGUGAAUGAAUAUCAGGGCCUUAAAACAUAUCGGUUUCGGUUAAAGUCAAAUAUUUCCUUUAGAACUUGGGCAAUAUUAUUAUAAUACCUAAACUUUUUUAGCACCACGUAAGAACAUCUGUUUCGUUUCUUUAAUUAUUGAAAGCAUUUAUGAACAAUAAACUUUCUAAUAAAUAA